UUGUGGGCUUCCUGGGCCAAGCCUUCCCUCUGUCCUAUCACUUAUCUACUGCCUUGUUACCCUGUGUUUACAUGCUUUUCUACUCUAAUCUGUGGCCACUCAGAGGUUAUAGCUCCAUGUCUGAUUCAUAUUUGUAUUCCCCAUACCCAGCACAAGGCUUGACCCAGAGCAAUGUGCUCAGUAAAUAUUUGCUGAAAGAAUGAAUGGGAGGAACCAGGUUCCACCCCAGUCCUGAGACAACAUUUGGAGCAGAUGGCUUCUGUGACUGAUGGUAAAGCCGGAGUCAAAGAUGCUUCUGACCAGAAUUUUGACUACAUGUUCAAACUGCUCAUCAUUGGCAACAGCAGUGUUGGCAAAACCUCCUUCCUCUUCCGCUAUGCCGAUGACACCUUUACCCCAGCCUUUGUCAGCACUGUGGGCAUCGACUUCAAGGUGAAGACAGUCUACCGCCAUGAGAAGAGAGUGAAGCUGCAGAUCUGGGACACAGCUGGGCAAGAGCGGUACCGGACUAUCACCACAGCCUAUUACCGUGGGGCCAUGGGCUUCAUUCUGAUGUAUGACAUCACCAACGAGGAGUCCUUCAAUGCUGUCCAAGAUUGGGCUACUCAGAUCAAGACCUACUCCUGGGACAAUGCGCAGGUUAUCCUGGUGGGGAACAAAUGUGACAUGGAGGAAGAGAGGGUUGUUCCCACUGAGAAGGGCCGGCUCCUUGCAGAGCAGCUUGGGUUUGACUUCUUUGAAGCCAGCGCCAAGGAGAACAUCAGUGUGAGGCAGGCCUUCGAGCGCCUGGUAGAUGCCAUUUGUGACAAGAUGUCUGAUUCGCUGGACACAGACCCCUCUGUGUUGGGCACCUCCAAGAACACCCGUCUCUCAGACACCCCACCGCUGCUGCAGCAGAACUGCUCAUGUUAGGCAAGGCCCACCCUCCCGAUUUCCCCUUCUUGUGACCCCACACCCACUCUGCUUCCCGCAUUACACUCUGUCCACCCCCAGCCCCAAGCAAGCUGGGUUGCUGCUGUUCUUUGCCUGCAGUGGAGGUGGAAGCAUGCCCCUCGAAUUCUCUGCAGAUGGCCUCCCUUGCAGACACCCAGCCCCAAACCAACAACCAGGUCAUGGCAUGGGUUAAGGUUCACUUUACAAAAGAAGACUCAAUCUUACAAAGGGGAUUCACUUCAGGGACGUGGAGAGUGAGUCUCUUUUCUGCCUUUAAAAUAAGAUUUCCUCCUUUGACCAAAAUUUGACACAUGCACACUUUUCAGGCCUGGCCAACUGGGUAAGUGAGGCCAACCUACACAGCUAAUCCUAUUAAAGAAAACCUCCUC